AUGCGAAUCGCCAUCCUCCAGCUGUCGCCGCGGCUGGGCGAUGUGCAGGGCAAUAUCCGCCGUGCAAAUGCGCUGGUAGAUGAUUUGGAGAAGAGGUUGAUGGGAUUAAAGCACGAAGCUGAACGGGAUGGAUGGAAGGGUAGUAGGAGCAGUAGUCUUGUUGGUAGCCGUGUGGGCUCUGGUGCUGCAGCACGAUUGUUGGAUGUCUUGGUUUUGCCAGAGAUGGCGUUUACGGGCUACAAUUUCCCGUCCCUUCAGGCCAUCCGGCCAUAUCUUGAGCCCACAGGAUCAGGGCCAACAGCUCAAUGGGCUCGAUCCACCGCGCGCCGCCUCGGCUGCGUUGUGUGCGCGGGUUAUCCUGAGCUUGCGGAGGCAAGAACUACGUCAAAUUUAGAAUCAGAAGUUACAUCGACAUCGGUAUCGGCAUCGACAUCACUGCCACCAUCACCGCUGAAGAAAAGUGAUGUGCAGAUGGCAGCUGAAAAUGAAAUGCAUGAUGGACCGCCAGAAGAUCCUCAUGGAAUUCGGCGGGUAGGUAGAGGGAAGCGGGGAGGGCCGGGCGACGAGGCGGAGAUUGUUGUGUGGGAGAUGCUGGGCCGUGCUGAGGAAGGGGUCUGUUUUGUUGAUACGGAGGCGGAGCCGAGGUGGGUGUUUCGGAUGGGGGGUGCCAGGGAUGAUGGUGAUGAUGAUGAUGAUUGA